AGCUUAACUGUCUUGGUGUUGAAUUAACCGAAAAUGAAUUGCGUGAGAUGGCCAAUUUGGUUUUGAAAAAAACUGUAAAUUUAAAGGAUCCAAUCUUCCAGGAAGAAGAUAUUGUACCACAUGAAACUUCAUCUAAUAUCUCAAGUGAUACAAAUGAUAAUAAUGGCAAAAGCAGUAGUAGUAUGGAUUUUAAUCCUGAAAAUCUUGUUGAUGCUAUCUUAAAUGAG